CGUAAUUGAGGGUUUAAAGAGCUUUCAUUUGCCAAAACUGGAGUAACGACGAAACGCUAGCGUGAUUUCAUUAAUGGAGGAGAUGCUGUGAAAGAUCCUAACUCCAUCAGCUGACAAAAAUCCUUACCCUUUUUUCCUUUAUCUUCCUAACACUUCCCCCUUUGUAUCUGAACAACUAUUGUUAUUCGUCAUCAAUUCUACCAUACUUGGAAUCUUGGAUCGACCACCAUGGCUUCUAUUUCUCUCAAAUGCUACCUUCUUCCCUCCUCUAUCAAUAACAACAACAAUUCUUUCAAUUUAAGUUCAUCCAAACGCAUAAUUCGAUUGAAGUGCGUAAACCCUAGCCGACAUCGAGAAAAGAACAAUUCACGAGCUUCAGUUAUCUGUUGUUCUUCAGAUGAUUCAGCCGCGUCCGGUUCUGUACCCUCUGGCGAUAACAUCCCAAGCAACUUUUGCAUUAUAGAAAGUCCAGAGACUGUUAAGGAUUUUAUUCAGAUGCAGACCAAGGAAAUCCAAGACAACAUAAGGAGUAGACGCAACAAGAUCUUCCUCCUCAUGGAAGAGGUGAGGAGGUUACGAGUGCAACAACGCUUAAAAAACCUAAAACGAAAUGAGAGCAGAUUUGAGGACAACGAGAUGCCUGACAUUCCAUCUUCAAUUCCUUUUCUACCUUCAGUGACACCAAAGACAUUGAAGCAGCUCUAUUUGACAAGUUUUUCAUUUAUAUCAGGAGUUAUAGUCUUUGGUGGCCUUCUCGCACCAAUACUGGAGCUAAAACUAGGUGUAGGUGGAACCUCAUAUAAAGAUUUCAUAAACCAUAUGCAUCUACCUAUGCAACUGAGUGAGGUUGAUCCGAUAGUGGCAUCUUUUUCGGGAGGGGCAGUGGGGGUAAUUUCUACUCUGAUGUUGCUUGAAGCGAAUAAUGUGAAGCAACAAGAGAAGAAAAGGUGCAAGUAUUGUCAUGGAACUGGAUACUUGGCAUGUGCACGUUGUUCUUCUAGUGGGGUGUGUGUAAACAUAGAGCCGAUUUCUGUAUCAAAUGCUUCAGAUCGUCCAUUAAGAGCUCCCACUACAAAAAGGUGUCUCAAUUGUUCUGGAGCUGGAAAGGUAAUGUGCCCGACAUGUCUGUGCACAGGAAUGGUAAUGGCGAGUGAGCAUGAUCACAGAAUUGACCCAUUUGACUAAAAGGGCUUCUUGGGAAAUGAUGUUUUAUUGGGUCUACAAGUGUAGAGAGAAGACAGUAUAACAAAAUUUGUAUUCUGAUAAUUGUUAUUAGUUGAUGAUAAUUUUCCGUUUAGAUAUACAUGAUAUAUGUAUCAAGCUUUUACUCGUGAUAUGUUGUGUAUAGGAGACAUACAAUGCACACCAUACGCCUUAUAUAUACAAGAGAAAAAGUUAUAUACAACGGUUUACUGAAUAAA